GGUACCACCGUUCAGAACCGUGUCUAUGCUCCGCGUGAUUAGGUAUAGAGAUCGAGGAGAGAGAAAGACGGUCCUCCAUACCCCGAAGACUGUACACCGCGAUCGCCGCGUGCCACCACCGAUCAACAAUUAGUCGCACCGGUUUGGCUGUGAAGUCGCCCAGCAGUAGCAGCAGCAGCAGUACUAGCACCGGCGCUCUAGUAACCGGCUUGCGCACCAAUCGCGCAUCAACCAAUCAAAAAAGUGUGAUCCCAGUGCCGUGCGUCAAUUAGCAAGCAAGCAGCCAGCCCAGACACCUCCAUUGUGGAGACCUAAAGCGAAGAGCACGUGGAUAGCAGCAGCAGCAGCAUACAGGUGCAACAUACCACCACAUUCACCACCAUAAACGGGGCUAACGUGACAACGCAGGUGUCAAAGCAGAUCCCCCUUUUGCCGGACGAAAUUCCAAAUCAUGCAUCACACACCAAGCACACUGGUGGCACUGCUGGUGGUGGCCGUGAUUGGGCUGCUGGCGCUCACACGUACCACUGAUGCUUCGCCCGUCCUGCUCGACAAGCUGUUCGGCUUUGCCGCCUACCAGCCCACCUACUCCGGUGGUGGUUACGGUGGUAACCAGUACUACGGUUACUACGGUGGAGGUGGUGGUGGUGGUGGUGGUAAUGGCGGCAACAGUGGCAGUGGAUUCGGUGGUACCCGGGCCACCAGCGCAUCAUCGCAAAAGCGGCAAGCGAAGGGGCGCGACUAUAAGGACAUCUGCCGGGUAGUGAACCCGGCCCCGUACGCCAUGCCCGGCCGGGCACCGUAUCCAGCGGCCCCCUUCUGUCCGUACUGAGCACGUCCGGCAGCACUCCAGCAGUUAGUAUUAACAGAUACAGAGCGUAGGCCUUAAGUGUACGUAAUACGGUAGAAGCGUGAAGCGUAGAGUACGAAUCGUGAUGAAGCGACGAAGGUUAUCAGCUGCAGCAGCAGCAGCAGGCAGUGGCAAUUGGUGUUUAGCGGUGGCUCUAGCAGGGGCUCUAGAUUGCCCAACGGUUGAACCUUGGGAGCCGUGUUAAUGAGUUGCAGUGUUAACGAGAGCAAUAAAGAAGGUUGACCGUUGCUGACCGUUGAUUAGAUCCGAGUUCGGAAACGUCAUUUAAUGUGUAAAAUAAAAAAGUAAAAACACACACACA